CCGUAUUAUUAGGUGUUCGGGUUUUCGGGUUUCGGUUUUGCUUUAACCGAAUGUUAGAAACAAAGUUUCUAACGAGUUCGGAUUGGGGAAAUUAGCUAGAUCAAUUAGGGAUUGAUCUAACUAGGGAUUGGGAUUUGGGGGAAUUUGUAGAACAAGGAGAGGGGAAGAGGCUGCUGCUGCGGCAGCUAUAGGUGUCAAUCUGGCGGGUUCGGGUCGGGUUCAGUCGGGUUGCGGGUCAAGUGGGUUAGGGUUGAUCGGGUUGCGGGUUGAUCGGGUUUGUGUUGAUCGGGUUGUGGAUCAGUCGGGUUACGGGUUGAUCGGGUUGCGGAUCAAUCGGGUUUGGGUUGAUCGGAUUGCGGGUUACCACAGGUCGGGUUGCGGGUUGUUCCACACCAUCGAGUUUUUUUAUAAUUAGUUAUUACAAUAUUUUUUUUUUGAGGGAGUUAUUACACUAAUUUAAAACAAACUCACCGAUCACCAUAUUGCAAUGAAUAAAACAUGAAUGUACAUUAUUAAACCAACAGAGGUCAUCAGCUGGUUUUUUUAAUAAUGAAUCAUUUUCACACAAUUAAACAAUCUAUUGCAGGAUGGAGGACAUCGACGCCGACAAGGACGGUUUCAUCAACCUGGAGGAGUUCGCGCAGCUCUGCCGCUCGUCCUCGGCCGCCGCCGAGGAGCUCCGCGAGGCCUUCGACCUGUACGACGAGAACAAGGACGGGCGCAUCUCCGGGUCCGAGCUCCACCAGGUGCUCAACCGCCUCGGGAUGAAGUGCUCCAUGGAGGAGUGCUCCAGGAUGAUCAAGGGCGUCGAUUUCGACGGCGACGGAUGCGUCAAUUUCCAGGAGUUCGAGAAGAUGAUGGCCACCGCCAACGGUUCCGCCGCUGCCAACUAGCGCUCCCCCCCUCACCGCUCGAAUUGGAAGUUCCCCGCCGCCGGUCACGAUCCCUUUGCUUAUCUCUCUCUGACUGAUACUACAAGGAGGGACUACAUAUCUGAGGCUCUUCCCUUUAGAAUUAGAGGUUGCGAAGGAGGAGGCAAGCUCCAUAAGCAACAUCAUUGCUCAGGCCACAAAUACCUGCUGUGUAAGUUUUGGGAUCAAAAUGGUCGCCCCGAAUUUCUGAGAGGUAUGAUACCCGGGUAUAGUAAAACCUUGAGCGGUCGGUAGUUUCGUGGAUCGUCGUUCCGGCGAUGGGGGUCGUCAUUGAUGAAAUCGCCGGCGAGUCAAGCCAUUGAUGAAGACCGCGCUGAAUUUGCGUCACCGCUCCCGUAUAAGGUAAUUACGUUAAAGGUAAGUUUCCGAAACAGAAAAUUUUUGAAUUAAUUUAAUUCCUUUCU